AUGAAACUCCUUAACAAGACACGAAGAGGACGAAACAAGGAUUUGAGUCUUUCCAUCUUGUCCACACCACCAUACUAUUCUCCUUCUUCAUCCGCAUCAUCAACUACUACUCCUCUCUCAUCAACAACAACACCAUCUUGUUCUUCAAGUGGACAUACAUUAUUGAAGAAACGAAAGAUCAAGUAUGGAGUGUCGAGAGUGAGGAAUAAGCUAUUGCGAGAUCAGGUCUUGUGGGAAUUUACGGAUGAUCAUCCACAACAAGCUCCAACAACAACAACAACUAGUACUAAUACAACAACAACAACAAUCUCUACCACCAACAUGAUGUCCUCAAACACAUGUUCCUCCUCCUCCUCUUCAUUCUCCCAACAAGGAGCAUCCUCUUCUACUAAUGCUGUGCUUCUCCCUAACCAUCACUUUUCCUUCCUCUCUAACGACGAUCGUCUUUCAACAUCAUCUUCUACAUGCGAACAUCAGCAUCCUCUCACUACUCCAUCAUCCAUCUCACUUCAAGAACAACUACAACAAGUAUUGAUUCAAGUUCUCUCACAAAUGACUUUUGAGCAAUUUCAAGAUCGGCUCACCUUGGCAGUGAGUCAAUUAUUUGAAAGUUUGUUGCGGGCAAAGGAAAUUCUGGAACAACGUCAAGCCAUACGAAUGUCAGACGAGGAGAAGGAACGAUUCACUCGGGAAGUGCUCUCUUCGGAAGAGUUUCAAUCCAAACUCUCCUCCAUUUCAUCCAUCUUUCACUUUGAAAGUUUUAUUAAGGAAGGGAAGGAAUUGUUUAUUAUGGUUUCAAAUGUCAUUCCACAACAACGAUCGGUGUAUGUGGCUUCCUUUAUGAAGAACCAACCUGAUCAGUAA